GCGCAUCGCAUCUCGCAUCCUUUCAUUGCGAAAUAGUAUUCAAUGUCAGCGGAGCUUCCAUCUUCAGACAAUUGAUUGAUGCAUGAGAUUCGGCAAACGAACUGAAGCUUCCCCCUCCGACCGCAAAACAACCACCUCGUUACCACAUACAACCGUCGCAAUCGCGAAACCACAAACAUUCCAAGGCAGACAGACAGCAAGCCAACCUCAGGCCCCGCAGCCUUCACCAAUCAACCAUGUCGCAGUCCGAUGCAUCGACUGCCGUCGCAAAUGGCGAUGCCGACACCACCACUCAGGUGCCAUCUCUGAAGCGCCGCGAGAGCUCGUCGCAGCAAUCCCAGACGUCCCAGACAGCUGCAGACUUCAUCCGCGAGCAGAUGCAACUAGAGGCGGAUGCGCGUGAGGCUCUACCAUACAGCAUCCAAAACUGCACCAAACCCUUGGGAUCGCUACGCCAGGCUGUUUUCGCUUGCCUCACAUGCAACCCCCCACCCGCCGACACGAAGGAUCCCUACAAUGCUGCCGGCGUGUGCUACUCGUGCUCCGUCCAGUGCCACGGCGAGCACACCCUCGUCGAGAUCUUCACCAAGCGCAACUUCACAUGUGACUGCGGCACCACCCGCUUCCCAGCCACAGCCCCCUGCACCCUGCGCGAAGACCCAAACACCAAAGAGAAGGGCGCUCAUUCGGAGAAACCGGACAUGAACAACAAGUACAACCAGAACUUCCGCAAUCGCUUCUGUGGCUGCGAGUGCGACUACGACCCCUUUCAGCAGAAGGGUACCAUGUACCAGUGCCUCGGUCUAGGUACCCACGAGACCGGGGGCUGCGGAGAGGACUGGUGGCAUCCCGGCUGCGUCGUGGGGCUCGGCUCAAAAUGGUUUGAGAAGGAAGACGCCCAGGUCAAGGAGAAGUCGUCGGCCAACGAUACGGCCACAGCCCCAGCAGCAGCUGUAGCCAGCCGGCCGCUGGCAACCAUCUCGGAGGACGCAGAGGCCAGCGGUGAUGCUCCCCCGACCGCACAGGCUGGCCCCGAUGACGCCAGUGCGGACGGCAACGACGACGACGACCCUCCCGUGCCGCCUGGGUUCCCCGAGGAAGACUCGUUCGAGGCUUUCCUGUGCUACAAGUGUGUUGACGCCUAUCCAUGGAUCAAACGCUAUGUCGGGACCGAGGGCUUCCUACCGGCCGUGUUUAGCAAACCGGCUGUAGUUGAGGCUGUCCCCGAGGCCAAAUCCCCCGAAACUCCGGCAACAGGCUCAUCACUCAAGCGAAAGGCAGAUGACGAAGGAGAGGAGGAGCCUCAGGAGUCUAAGCGUCACAAGAGCGAGGAGGAUGCCUCGCCUGCCCCACAGCCCCCGCAGCAGUCUAGCAUUCCCAACACUACAGACUCGGCACAGGCACCGAAGGUUACUUCAGGUUCCAGCUCCACCUGCAAGCUAGAGAAGCUGCCGCCGGCGCCCAGCGGCCAGCUCUCCCUAUUCAUGAAGGAGGACUUCCGCGAACAUUUCUGCCGGUGCGCCGAGUGCUUUCCACACCUCAAGCCACACCCACAGCUUCUGGAGGAGGAGGAUACAUACGAGCCGCCAGUGUCGGAGAACGGCGGCUCCGAGCACGGCGGGUCGACACAGGGCAGCCUCCUGGAGAUGGGCGAGAGCGCGCUGCGCGGCGUGGACCGUGUGCGCGCCAUCGAGGGUGUCAUGGCGUACAACCACCUCAAGGACAAGCUCAAGACGUUCCUCCAGCCGUUCGCGCAGAGCGGCGAGGCCGUCUCGGCCGAGCACAUCAAGGAGAUAUUCGCCAAGCUGCGCGGAGACGACCAGGCGAUCAAGGAGGCAGGCGAGUCAGCCAACAAGUCGGCCGACUCGCGCCGCGAGCAGAGCGGCUACUAGCUCGCUUGAGACUGGCAAUUUCCCCGUUAUCUUCGUUUCCCGCCGUGAGCUUUGUUCAUGAUUUACCAUUUGUCGUGUAACAUCCAUAUCGACACCACAUCGCGCCAGUAUAUAUGCUUCUAAUACGUCCUCCUUCCUUUGCCUCCAUUUGCCUCCAUUUGGUACGUGAUGUCUAUAGGGUAGGCAGUGAAUAGUACUAUCCCAUUAUGACGAAA